AUUGCGUACUUCAGGCCUCUUUUAGGGUCGGAGUUAGUCUUUGACCAGCUGCACAACCUCGUAGAUGGAUUCGUAGAAGUAUGCAUGGGGAUUACGUUUAGCACUGCAUUCUCUGGCGAAGAGCUACUCGCACUUGCCAAAGAGGCUGUGAUACGCUGGCGGUACGUACUGCGAAUACUUUGCGCCCAACCGUCCGUCGCACUUAUACAUUCCAGUUUUGUGUGUCCGAUCAUGGCUGCGACGCCUCGGUUUGGCAUCCACCACCCCAAGCUCCGCUCCUGGAUUUAUACGCCUCUAGCCAAUCACGACGAAGCCUACAGCUGGGCGGAAGAGACGGUCGUCAUGCUCGAUGAGGUCAUCGACCCUUCCUCCUUCAUUCAGCGCAUAAACAUCACACGUCUUCCUUACAUUCUCUCCGACGGCACCGCUCAGCACCUUCGCGUGUAUGUAUUCCGACCGAGCAGCCUGGUGAACGUUUUCGCCAUCUUCUUCCACGGACCACACGCCAUGCUCGAUGCAAAACCGAACAUGCAAGCAUUCUCCACGUUGCUCGAGUUCAUGUCCAGCCCACAAGACAUCGCUCUCGCUGACCUCCCAUGGGGAACAGAACACAAGAACCUCCCGACCGGCCCUGUGACCGUGACCGGAGGGCGAAGCAAAGAAUGGGAGACGGUUGGAAACGCACUCUUCGCCAAGGCAGCUGGGAUGCACGCAAACCUGUCAGCUGCACACCACCUCAUGCGUAGACCGAAUACGGACGUGGGCACGGGCAAGGUGCAGAGAGCCUUGAUCGAGCUCACAGAAGCAGAGACGGCGAGUGUCGUCCAAGCACUCAAGCGUGCGGGGUUCGGAUUCGGCCACCUCGUAGAGGCCGCGACAGCUUUAGCCCUCUAUGACCUCAAGCCCGUGCCAGAGGACCAGAGCGAAUCUGCCCAUGUGACCUUCAUGGCGGGCAUGAUCUCUCUUCACGGAAGAAUGUCUCCCCCGUAUAGAGACAGCAAGACACACCUUGUCUCGUCCCUGGCCAUGGUGCCCAUUAGCAUCUCUCUCGCGGGUCUCGCCGACCUCACCCCUAAAGAGCGUCUGCUCUCUGCUCUUGCGCAGUCCAAGGCCCACUACGAUGAGUACCUCGCGAACCCAUGUAUCCUUCAGUUCACCGCGGAGCACAUGCGCAUCGCCCCGCUUCUCGAUGUAGAUGCGUUUGGGCGGCCCGCAUGCGGUAUCGUGACGAACCUGGGAAGGGUUGAGAACUACUUACCGAAUACCUGGCCGCGGAUUGUGGAAGAUUGCGGUGCAGGUGGUCCGCCUGUUUUCCGCGUGGACAAGCUGCAUUUCGGGCAUAGGCUGAUUCCCGAGAUACCGAACGUACACGUAUGGUCCAUGAACUCCAGGUUCUCGAUACAGAUUCAGGCGGCAGACGUCUGGGAGGAAGCAACUCCUCAAGCGUACUUGAACAAGAUCGUGCAGCAGAUGCUUCUGAUAGUAUAG